AUGGAGAAGAAGCAAGGAUUCUUCUCGGUGCUAAGGGAGGAGGUUGCGAGGGGGCUUUCUCCAUCACAGUCGCGGGGAAGGCUGAGGUCGGAGAGCCCACGACGGAGAACAUUGCCUGUGGCAGAGCUAUUUUUGUUUUCACGACGGUGGAAGAGGCAUGGGAUUGCUGGAGAGCUUGUGGUGGCAAGAUCAUGGAGCCUGACGCCUUUGAUGGAGGGACCGAAACACGCGGCGGGAGAGGACACGAAGAAGGAGCAUGGGUGGGGACAAUGGGUCAAAGACCAACUAUCACGUGCGUCGUCCGCAUCUCCUUCUGCUUCCUCCUUCCGGCGGUCGGAUCUCCGGAUGCGACUAGGCAUCAUGGCAGCUCCCCUCACCCCUAUUCAUGCUUGCUCCAUCGACCCGCUUCCUCACCUCAGCAUCAAGGAUACUCCCAUCAUAAGGAUUUCAUCUUUCUCAGAUUUACUUCAUUUAUUGACACGAUUUGUGUUAGUUGAGACUUCUUCAGCACAGUACAUCCUCCAGCAAUAUAUAGCUGCAUCAGGAGGUUUCAAGCUUCUUAGUUCUAUUAGGAAUACAUAUUCAAUGGGGAAGGUGAGGAUGGUGGCUACUGAGUUUGAGACGGCAACCAGGAUCACCAAAAAUAGGAACCCAACAAGGGAUGCUGAGUCUAGUGGAUUUGUUCUCUGUCUGACACCAUUUGCUAUUGUUUGUAUAAUAAUUGCUAGUUAUUCUGAUUGUGAAUUUAUCAUUUUGGAUGAAGUCUCAUCUUGGUGA